GAGCACACCUAGCUCUGGGUCAGCCGCCACCAUGUCUCUGACCAAGGCUGAGAGGACCAUCGUUGUGUCCAUGUGGGGCAAGAUCGCCACACAGGCGGACGUCAUUGGCAUGGAGGCCUUGGAAAGGCUCUUCUCCAGCUUCCCGCAGACCAAGACCUACUUCCCGCACUUCGACCUGCAUCCAGGCUCCGCGCAGCUGCGCGCGCACGGCUCCAAGGUGCUGGCCGCCUUGGGCGACGCAGUCAAGAGCAUCGACAACGUGGCGGGCGCUCUGUCCAAGCUCAGCGAGCUGCACGCCUACGUCUUGCGCGUGGACCCGGUCAACUUCAAGCUCCUGUCCCACUGCCUGCUGGUCACCGUGGCCUCCCACUUCUCCGCCGACUUCACGGCCGACGCCCACGCCGCCUGGGACAAGUUCCUGUCCAUCGUGUCCUCCGUUCUGACCGAGAAGUACCGCUGAGCGCAGCUGCGGCCCCCCAGGACAGGAUGCGCUCUCCGCUGCUCCAGGGGGUCUCCAGCCCACCCCAUCUUCCCCAGGACGCGCCAAUAAACGAAUCAACGUGCAUCUUGUCUCUGUGGUCACUGGGGCCACUGC